AUGAAUAUCUCCAAGGAAUCCGAAGCUGAAAAGGUCAGCAUUCAAGACGAGACCAAGCCCAGUCUCGGUCAUGUUGAAGUCCUUUCCGAUCCGAUCCCUGUCAAAGCAGAGGAUCUCCAUGCUCAACGCAUGACAGCAAGAGAUCAAUGGCAUCAGCUCUGGACUGCUAUCCGCGCCGAGAAGCGAUAUUGCUGCUGGGCUUUCUUCACAAUCCUACUCGUCUUCAGUUGGGGUUACGACGCCGGUCUCUCUGGCAUCGCCAUUGCCUUCCCUGAGUUCCGCAAAGCAUACGGCAAGUACUAUGCUGUCAGUGAUGAAUACGUGAUUCCUGCUCUAUGGCAGUCUCUCUGGAACGCAGCCUCCACGAUCGGACAAGUCUUCGGAGGAUAUGCCGCUGGGCAAUUUGCGGAUUACUGGGGUCGCAAGCUUCUUCUAUAUGUGGCCAUUGUUGUCGCACUCGCCUCUUCGUUUGCACUGGUGUUUGCCCCAAACCUUCCUGUGCUUUUUGUCUCCAAACUCCUCCUCGGUCUAUCUGUCGGUCUAUCAACAGUACUUCCGCCCCUCUAUGUCACCGAGAACGCACCGACCGCACUCCGCUCCACAUUCUCCUCUCUGACAAACGUCAUGAUUGUCUUCGGUCAAUUUUGUGCCUCGAUGACGGGGUAUGGAGCUUCCAAUAUUCAUGGAACAUGGUCCUACAGACUUGCAUUUGUCAUGACUUUCCUGCCACCCGGCAUAUAUCUUUGCGGCCUCCCAUUCCUUCCCGAAAGCCCAGUUUGGUACAUCAAGAAGGGCCGUGAGGAAGAUGCACGCAAGGCCAUCCUCAGACUCUAUGGCUCUGACUCCGACGUUGAUGCGCGUGUUGAAACAAUCAAGUCGGAGCUUCGGCAGACGGAAGACAGUGAGUCUGCUGCUGGUCAGACGAAUUGGAAAAGCACAUUCUCCAAAGAGCAUCGGUCUCGCACUCUUGUUGCUGUUCUUGGCCUACAGGCCCAGAAUUUCUCUGGUGGCUAUUUUGCAAACACAUAUCAGACUUACUACUUCCAACUGAUCGGCCAAGCCGACUCUUUCCAACUAACAGCCAUCUCAUCAUCCUUGCAGCUGCUAUCCAACUUCGUUGCUCUUUGCCUGUCCGAUGUGAUUCCACGCCGAAAAGGCCUCGUUGGCGGUGGCACCACGCUUAUGUUCUGGUCCGUCAUUAUCGCAGGCCUAUCAAUGGCGCCGAAAUCAAACGCAUCAGCAAAUACAGCCGUGCUCGCAUUUAUGAUUACCUGGUCGAUGCUAUAUACUGCCACCGUCGGAUGUUACGGAUGGGCCGUGGCCCAAGAGACUGCGGCACAAGCUACCCGCCCGAAGACCAUUUCUUUCGUCUUGAUCUGUCAACAGCUGACGGCUCUUUUGUUGUCAUCUGUCUUCCCGUACUUUAUCAAUCCCGAUGAGCUCAACUGGGGAGGCAAGGUCAUGUUCCUGUUCGUCGGAGUCGAGCUCUUUAUCAUGGCAGGUCUUUAUCUUCUUCAGCCAGAGACUCAGAACAGAUCCUACACUGAGAUCGAUGCACUUUAUGCCAGCAAGGUCUCUCCACGAAAGUUUACGCAAUAUGCAGUUGUGGAUGGUCAGGCUAUCAAGAUCCACCAAAAAGGCGGUUGGUUUGGGCGGGUGUUUGCCCAGAUCCGCCAUGUCAAAGAGGGAUUAUGUUGA